AUGAAGACGCUUCUUCUGGGCACCCUGCUCCUGGCCUUUCUCUCAGAGGUGGCAUCACUUCCAGGAGACUUGAGAGGGAAAUCACUUAUUUUCCCUCAAGAAUCAACCACGGCCUACGUGUCCCUGAUCCCCAAGGUAAAGAAGUCACUGAGUAACUUCACGCUGUGCAUGAAAGCCUUCACAGACCUCAAGCGCACUUACAGCCUCUUCUCCUACAGCACCAGGUCUCGGGACAACGAGAUUCUCCUCUUUGUUAACGCACCCGGAGUGUACAUGCUGUACAUUGCGAACUCUGCAGUCACGUUCAACGGCCCCCCGGUUGCGUAUGCCCCAAUUCAUGUGUGUGUCAGCUGGGAAUCAGCUUCUGGGAUCGCUGAGCUGUGGGUGAACGGGAAACCCCUGGGGAGGAAGGGUGUGAGAAAGGGGUACAUUUUGGGUGCUGAGGCCAAGAUCUUCCUGGGGCAGGAGCAGGAUUCCUUUGGGGGAGGGUUUGACGCCAAACAAUCCUUUGUUGGGGAGAUAUGGGAGGUGUCCUUGUGGGACAAGAUUUUUUACCUGAAGAACAUGUGUGCCUACUGCCCCAGUGGCAACUUGCUGACCUGGCACAACCUGAUUCAUAGAGAUUAUGGCUACGUGGUGACCAAGCCCAGGGUGUGGGCUUAG